AUGGUUGAGGAGGCCAGUUUGUCAUCCUCCGAGGGUCAUAAGGGGAAGAAUGGUCUAUAUAAGGGUGUGGAAAUUGGGUCCGAGGGUGAUCUGCCAUCCUCUGAGGGUCAUAAGGGGAAGAAUGGUCUAUAUAAGGGUGUGGAAAUUGGGUCCGAGGGUGAUCUGCCAUCCUCUGAGGGUCAUAAGGGUGUGAAUGGUCUAUAUAAGGGUGUGGAAAUUGGGUCCGAGGGUGAUCUGUCAUCCUCCGAGGGUCAUAAGGGGAAGAAUGGUCUAUAUAAGGGUGUGGAAAUUGGGUCCGAGGGUGAUCUGUCAUCCUCCGAGGGUCAUAAGGGGAAGAAUGGUCUAUAUAAGGGUGUGGAAAUUGGGUCCGAGGGUGAUCUGCCAUCCUCUGAGGGUCAUAAGGGUGUGAAUGGUCUAUAUAAGGGUGCGGAAAUUGGGUCCGAGGGUGAUCUGCCAUCCUCUGAGGGUCAUAAGGGUGUGAAUGGUCUAUAUAAGGGUGUGGAAAUUGGGUCCGAGGGUGAUCUGCCAUCCUCUGAGGGUCAUAAGGGGAAGAAUGGUCUAUAUAAGGGUGCGGAAAUUGGGUCCGAGGGUGAUCUGCCAUCCUCUGAGGGUCAUAAGGGGAAGAAUGGUCUAUAUAAGGGUGUGGAAAUUGGGUCCGAGGGUGAUCUGCCAUCCUCUGAGGGUCAUAAGGGGAAGAAUGGUCUAUAUAAGGGUGUGGAAAUUGGGUCCGAGGGUGAUCUGCCAUCCUCUGAGGGUCAUACUGGGAAGAAUGGGCUAUAUAAGGGUGUGAAAAUUGGGUCCAGGGUGAUCUGCCAUCCUCUGAGGGUCAUAAGGAAGAAUGGGCUUGAUAAGGGUGUGGAAAUUGGGUCCGAGGGUGAUCUGCCAUCCUCUGAGGGUCAUACGGGGAAGAAUGGUCUAUAUAAGGGUGUGGAAAUUGGGUCCGAGGGUGAUCUGCCAUCCUCUGAGGGUCAUAAGGGGAAGAAUGGUCUAUAUAAGGGUGUGGAAAUUGGGUCCGAGGGUGAUCUGCCAUCCUCUGAGGGUCAUACAGGGAAGAAUGGUCUAUAUAAGGGUGUGGAAAUUGGGUCCGAGGGUGAUCUGCCAUCCUCUGAGGGUCAUAAGGGGAAGAAUGGGCUUGAUAAGGGUGUGGAAAUUGGGUCCGAGGGUGAUCUGCCAUCCUCUGAGGGUCAUAAGGGUGUGAAUGGUCUAUAUAAGGGUGUGGAAAUUGGGUCCGAGGGUGAUCUGCCAUCCUCUGAGGGUCAUAAGGGUGUGAAUGGUCUAUAUAAGGGUGUGGAAAUUGGGUCCGAGGGUGAUCUGCCAUCCUCUGAGGGUCAUACUGGGAAGAAUGGGCUAUAUAAGGGUGUGGAAAUUGGGUCCGAGGGUGAUCUGCCAUCCUCUGAGGGUCAUACUGGGAAGAAUGGUCUAUAUAAGGGUGUGGAAAUUGGGUCUGAGGGUGAUCUGCCAUCCUCUGAGGGUCAUAAGGGGAAGAAUGGUCUAUAUAAGGGUGUGGAAAUUGGGUCUGAGGGUGAUCUGCCAUCCUCCGAGGGUCAUAAGGGGAAGAAUGGUCUAUAUAAGGGUGUGGAAAUUGGGUCCGAGGGUGAUCUGCCAUCCUCUGAGGGUCAUAAGGGUGUGAAUGGUCUAUAUAAGGGUGUGGAAAUUGGGUCCGAGGGUGAUCUGCCAUCCUCUGAGGGUCAUAAGGGUGUGAAUGGUCUAUAUAAGGGUGUGGAAAUUGGGUCUGAGGGUGAUCUGCCAUCCUCUGAGGGUCAUAAAGAGAAGAAUGGGCUGGAUAAGGGUGUGAAGGGGGCUGUCGAGGCUGUACCCAGUUUAGAGUCACCCCAAUACCAGGCUGUACCCAAUUUAGAAGCCCAGGAGAGUCGGAAUGUGUUAGGGGGACUUUACGAGGAUGUACCCAGGUUAGAAAUUCACCAGGACCAGGUUGUACCCACUUCAGAAGCUCAGACAGUUCAAAUUAAGGAGUUGCCCAGUGAACGGACCCCCCAAUACCAGGCCAUACCCACUUUAGAACCCCAUGCCCAGACUGUAGCCAUUGCAGAAUCCCCCCAGUACCACAACGUACCCACUUUAGAACUGCAUGCCCAGACUGUACCCACUUCAGAACCGCAUGCCCAGACUGUACCCAUUUCAGAAUCCCCCCAGUACCAGAACGUACCCACUUCAGAACCGCAUGCCCAGACUGUACCCAUUUCAGAAUCCCCCCAGUACCAGAACGUACCCACUUUAGAACCGCAUACCCAAACUGUACCCAUUUCAGAAUCCCCCCAGUACCAGAACGUACCCACUUUAGAACCACAUGCCCAGACUGUACCCAUUUCAGAAUCCCCCCAAUACCAGAAUGUACCCACUUUAGAACCGCAUACCCAAACUGUACCCAUUUCAGAAUCCCCCCAGUACCAGAACGUACCCACUUCAGAACCCCAAACCCACACUGUACUUGAUAAACCCACAUCUACCCACACUCUACCCAUAAUAGCGACCCACCAGGAGACCGUGCCCACUCCAGAACGCCCCAGAGCAGUGCGGCCGGCGAGGGUGCGUGGUCUGACCUGUGCGCUAUAUGAUCUUGGCCACAGGGGAAGGAGCGAGGUGGUUCUGACGUUGACCUGGCGUGACCCCUGGACCUCCGAGGCUUUGGGGUGCCCGGGGUUGGUCUAUGAGGUGGUUCUGGAGUAUACUGGAGGAGAGGAGGAUACCAGUAGUAGUAGUAGGGGUAGUAUUGUUGUGGUUCUUGUAAGUGAGGAGAAGUAUGUGCGGGUCUUCAGGUCUGCCGUCGAGGGUGUGAGUGCGUGGGUGACCUGUAUCUGUGCAGGUGUGGAGGGUAUGGAACGGCAUAUCAGGUGUGGGGUGUAGGAAAGCUGUUUUUAGGAAGAUAUUUCACGCUAGAAUCCAAUUUAUCAAACCUGUAUAUUUCCAGUUUGUCUUGCGUUCCUAUAAUUAAUAUUUUUAGCUAGGUUAUAUGUAAUUGGGGUCAGUCUAUAAGCCUAUUUCUAUGCCCUUGAGAAAUAGGGAAUCGCUCUUGUAAGCUGAUUUCUGCUCCGAUGAGAUUUUUGUUAAGAUCAUAGGAGUGGGCUGAGUAGGGCGCUGAUGUCUACGAGUGUUUUAUAAGUUCGUUCCUCGUAAGUUUGGUUUUAAUUUUAUGUGUACCGUAAAAGCAGUUUAUGUAUAUGUAUCUUCCGAUGGUGGGAGAUGGUAUUUAUUUGCCUGGUGUGCGGGUGUGGAAGGCUUGAGGUGGUAUUUUAAGUUUAUAGGAGAGUGUGUUUUUAUAAUUUUAGGGAGGAAUGUUUUUGGGGUAGGGGUUGAGGA